GGCUUGCGCUGCGGCAGUUGUGGCUCAUCCGAUCUGAAUUGAGGCUCGCAUCCAUUCUUCAAUGAGCGACUGAAAGAUUGGAUUCUCGACUGAGGCUACCUACCAACCAGACAACAAUAGGGCUUAACAAGCAACCCCCAUUCUUCUUCUCACCGGUUUUAUCACGAAGUUGGAUAUUCAUUCCAGCCGUUUACUUCGUCUUUAAAGCCCCAGCAACGCCACCUCCGAAGAGACGCCCAAAAUCUUCAAUCUUCUUUCAAACCCACCAAACAAGUUCACUCCCUGCCUAAUUUUCAGAGUCGACCAUGGCGGAUAGGAGACGCAUCAACGGCCCUGCCGGUGCCACAAUACCCCCAGUGUUUGACGAUGCCAGCACCCGAGGACCCAAGUCUAUUAAGAGCAGGUCGCGUCCUGCGAAUGCGACUCGGAAAAUGUAUCUCAAGACCGGUGUGACUCCUUCAGCAUCUGGAUCUGCCUACCUAGAGAUUGAGACUUCUGCAACACCUGGUGUCUCCGGACUGAAACUCAGCUGCUCCGUUCACGGACCAAGAUCACUUCCGAGAUCCGCCCCCUUCUCCCCCCACAUCGUCUUGUCCACCCACGUCAAAUACGCUCCGUUUGCAACGAAGCAGAGGCGCGGAUAUCUUCGUGAUCCUAGCGAGCGGGACCUUGGUAUUCACCUCGAGGCCGCUCUGCGCGGUGCCAUCAUUGCCGAUCGGUGGCCCAAGAGCGGUGUCGACAUCAUCAUCUCCAUCGUGGAAGGGGACCAAGACCGGGAAACGUCCCAGUUACAGGGCGACGAGGUUUGGGAUAUGAUGAAUGCCCUGGGCGGGUGCAUUACCGUGGCGGCAGCCGCCCUUGCCGAUGCGGGCAUCGACUGUGUUGACACAGUCGCGGGGGGGGUUGCUGCUCUCGUUCAAGACGCCGGCGAGGACUCUAUCCCAACCGUUGUGGUCGAUCCCAUACCCUCUGAGCACGAGAAAAUCCUAGCAGCCUGCUGCAUCGCGUACCUACCAACCCGGGAUGAGGUGACGAACCUCUGGUUUAGGGGCGACCUACCUGCUUCCGACAUUGACCUUUACACAAACCUCGUCGAGAAAGGCAUCCAGGCCUCAAAGAAUGCCAAUCGCGUCCUUGUCGGUUGCCUGGCCGAGACGAUUCAAUGAGCAGAGUUCGUUCUCGUCCGGUGCGAUGCCAGCACAUCAUUCCCGGCC